UUAGAGGUAUAUUUUCAAACACAUACUUGUGCUUAAAUUGAUCAGCUAACAACUCAAUUGCAGAAUUCCAAGAAAGGUGCCUUGUCGAUUCACGAUUAUCUUUUAAAGGUCAAAACUCUCGUUGAUAAAAUGGCCUCGGUUGGUCACACCCUAACCAAAAAGGAGCACAUCUCAGCUAUUCUGUUGCUGAAAUAGAGUCGUUGCUCCUCGCUACUGAAAGUCGAUUGGAGAUUCAACAAUCAGAUCUUAAUUUGGCCCAGGUUAAUCUCUCACAAGCUUCUUCUAAUUUUCAGAAGAGGGGGAACUUUCAGAACUACUCAAGCGGGGUACUUCUGGGAACACCAGAAUAAUUUGUUAGUUGUGCUCUCGAUCGGGCCAUUAUGCUUCCAGAUGCUACAAUAAGUUUAACAUGGAGUUUCCUGGCUAUGGGGUUAUUGUUGCGAACAAUAAUUCCAAUACCACGACAGUUUUGGUGGCAACCUCAAACAUGGUAAAUGAUCCUGCUUGGUAUCCAGAUUAUGGUGCAACACAUCACUGCACAAAUGAAGCUGGAAAUUUCAUGACCAAGGCUCCCUAUAAUGGAUCUAACCAGCUGCAUGUGGGUGGUGGCUCAAGACUCACUGUAUCCGACAUUGGUGUGCGUUGUAGGUUGACUUGCUAGCUUGGAGUGUCCACAAGUGUCGCACGUUCCGUCUACUUGGAGUACCCAAAUAGCCAGCCCGUGACAGUUGGUAUCAGAGCUAGGUUAGAGAAAGCUUGGCAGAACACACUAAUGGUAAGCAACACUCAGAGGAUUGAAGCGCUUGAGAAGUACGUGGGGGAACUAGAUGGCCUAGACGAGAGGGUCAGGGAUCUUUCCUCUGCAAUUCGUAACUCUGGAUCGUCAGAUGCAAGCAAUUGCAUAGCUGCGCUAGAGAAGGAAAACAAUGUUCUUCUAUCCAGAAUAAUUGCGUUGGAGCAAAGAAAUACUCCAACAAGUACUUCUGUUACCCCUCAGUGGGAAGAGGGCAUUGCGGCGAUGGAGCACAUGCUGAAGGAACAACAAGUCUCCAUAAAUGACACAACGGAAGAUUGCAGGGAGGCAGUUGGUGUGCUCAAAGAAGAAAUGACUGAGCUAACUGCAAAGGUAAACCUAACCAUGCGAGCGGUUGGGAAUGCACUUGCAACGGGGCCGAUAGGUAUGGAAUAUGGCCGAGUUAAAGUGCCUGAGCCGAGGCCCUAUAACGGGGCUAGAGACGCAAAGGACUUGGAAAAUUUUCUCUUCGACAUGGAACACUAUUUUAGAGCCGUGCGAGCCGAUUCUGAAGAAGGAAAGGUCGCCAUGGCUACCAUGUACUUGUCUGGGGAUGCCAAGGUGUGGUGGAAGACAAAGUAUGACGACAUUGAGAAUGGUAGAUGCACCAUCACAUCAUGGGGAGACUUGAAGAGAGAAUUGAAGACACAAUUUCUGCCAGAAAAUGUCGCCUACAUGACUCGACGCCAGUUGAGAGAGCUUAAACAAGUCGGGACAGUCUGAGAAUAUGUGAAGAAGUUUUCGGUACUGAUGCUCGAUAUAAAGGACAUGUCCAAAGUAGACAGGCUCUUCUGCUUCCUCGAGGAUUGAAAUCGUGGGCCAAACAAGAACUUCAGAGACAACGCGUGUCUGACCUAGCCACCGCUCAAGCUGUUGCUGAACGCUUGACAGGUUACACUCCGAAGAGCAGCUUGCCGAAGAGGGCUACCCCUCCAACCAGCUCAAGUAGCGCUGGGAGUAAGAAGUCUGGGAAGUCAUGGCAGGGCAAGAGUGGGGGAGAGAAGAGGACAUCAGAGUCCAGUUCUCCCAGCGGUACAAAUGCUGCUGCAGGGAGGAAGCCGCUAGCUUGUUGGCACUACAAAGGACCACAUAAGUCAGUAGUUUGCCCUUACAGGGGCAAGUUGAAUGCCCUCAUUGGUCAAGAAGAACAACGCAAAGGAUAAGAAGAGGAUGAAGAGUACGCGCACAUGGGCGCUGUCCGCUUGUUGAAUGCUCUCAAGAAGCAUGGCGAAAAAGGGAAGAAGACCCUGGGGAAGGGGCUAAUGUUUGUGGAUGCCACCAUCAAUGACAAGCCGAACAAAAGUGUGAUGAUUGAUACUGGUGCCACUUACAACUUCUUCUCAGAACUCGAAGCCAAGCGACUGGGACUAAAACUGGAGAAAGAUGUAGGCCGCAUGAAAGCGGUCAACUCAAAGGCUUUAGCCACAACCGGAGUUGCUAAGGGCGUAAAAGUUAAGAUCGACACGUGGGAGGGGCAGACUGACUUAGUGGUGGUUCAUAUGGAUAACUUUGAUGUAGUUUUGGGAAUGGAAUUCCUAACCGAGAAAUGUGCCAUCCCAAUUCCUGCUACUGGGAGUUUGCUCAUAAUGGGAGAGACUCCUUCAAUGGUGCCUGCAAAGGUGAUACCACCCCCUGGUGUGAAGCUUCUAUCAGCUUUACAAUUUAAGAAGGGUGUGAAGAAACAGGAGCCCACUUAUGUAGCGGUACCCACCGUGUUCGAAGAAACAGUGGAAGAGAUUGUUCCACUUGAAAUUACGAGGGUCUUGAAGAUGAAUGGGGACGUGAUGCUAGAUAAACUCCCCAAUGACUUGCCGCCAAGAAGGGGGAUUGAUCACCAGAUAGAGCUGGUGCCGGGAGCGAAACCUCCAACAAAAGCGCCUUACAGAAUGGCAUCCCCUGAGCUAGAAGAGUUAAGGAAGCAAAUAAAUGAGUUAUUGGAGGCAGGCUUCAUCAGACCGUCAAAGGUGCCAUUUGGCGCACCUGUGCUAUUCCAGAAGAAACACGAUGGGAGCUUGAGACUGUGCAUUGAUUAUAUGGCUCUCAACAAGGUGACAGUUCGCAACACCUACCCCAUCCCUCUGAUCGCUGAUUUGUUUGACCAGCUAAGUAGAGCCAAAUAUGUCACAAAGUUGGACCUGAGAUCGGGCUAUUAUCAGGUGAGGAUCGCAGAUGGGGAUGAACCAAAGACAACGUGUAUUACUCGAUAUGGAGCAUUUGAGUUUUGAGUAAUGUCAUUCGGUUUGACAAAUGCACUUGCCACUUUCUGACUGAUGAACUAAGUAUUCCACGAGUAUCUAGAUAAGUUCAUGGUGGUGUACUUGGAUGAUAUCAUGGUUUAUAGUGCCAUGAUUGAAGAGCAUCGAGAACACUUGGCUCAAGUGGUUCAGAAGUUGAGAGAGAACCAGCUAUAUGUGAAUCGCGAGAAAUGCUCAUUUGCACAGGAGAGCAUCAAGUUCCUAGGCCACAUUGUGGAACGUGACUGAAUUCGUAUGGAUCUGGAGAAGGUGAGGGCAAUCCAAAAAUGGAGAGCCCCCACAAACGUGAAAGAACUCCGCUCUUUCCUGGGCCUAGCCAACUACUAUAGAUGAUUUGUGGACAACUACUCAAGAAGAGCGACACCCUUGAUCGAGCUGCUGAGAAAGGGUGUGACUUGGGCGUGGACUAACAAGUGUGCUGAAGCAUUCAAGAGUUUGAAUGAAGCCAUGAUGAAGGAUCCUGUUCUUGCCUUGCCAGAUGUUAGCAAGCCCUUCGAAGUACAGACAGAUGCGCCAGAUUAUGCUUUGGGAGGGGUACUAGUACAAGAAGACCACCCGGUAGCAUAUGAGAGUCGCAAGCUGUUUGAAGCUGAAAGGCGGUAUACUGCCCAGGAGAAAAAACUCCUCGCGGUUAUCCAUCGCUUGUGAGUGUGGAGACAUUACUUGCUGGGGUCGAAGUUUGCAGUGAAGACGGAUAAUGCAGCAGUUAGUCAUUUCCUUACCCAGCCAAAACUGACCCCUAAGUAGGCUCGAUGGCAGGAGUUUGUGGCGUAAUUCGACUUUCGUUUUGAGAACAAGGCAGGACGCUUGUCCAAGCAGCUGAUGCCUUGAGUUGCAAAGUAGAAUUAGCGACUCUAAAGAUCUUGGCUAGUUUGUCGGCUAACGUGGUGAACACUCCACUCAAGGAGCGCAUCAAAGAAAACCUGGAGAAAGACCCAGUUUUCAUAACCAUCUUGAAGCUCAUGAAAGAAGGCAAGACUCGCCAGUUCUGGGUGGAGAAUGAUCUUCUGUGGGCCAAAGGGGGCCGCUUGUAUGUUCCGAAAGCUGGAGAUUUGCGGAAGACAUUACUAAGCGAGUGUCAUGGCACCUUGUGGGCAGGUCAUCCAAGGUGGUAGAGAACUCAUGCCCUUUUGAAGCAGGGACACUACUGGCCACAUAUGCGAGAUGAUGUAAUGGAGUACACCAAGACCUGUCUCAUCUGUCAGCAAGACAAGGUCGAAAGGAACAAGACACCUGGGUUGUUGGAGCCGUUGCGAGUCCCAAGCCGACCAUGGGAGAGUGUGUCGCUUGACUUUAUAACUAGCCUACUGAAGACAGGGGAUUUAAGUGCGAUCUUGGUGGUCGUGGACAGAUUCUCAAAGUACGCAACAUUCAUCCCGGUGUCGAAGUACUGUUCGACAGAGGAGACAGCACGACAUUUCUUCAAGCAUAUUGUCAAAUAUUGGGGAGUGCCCCAGAACAUUGUUAGUGACCGAGAUGAGAGAUUCACUGGGACCUUUUGGUCCGAACUAUUCAGCCUCUUGGGGUCACAAUUGAACAUAUCCUCGAGCUACCAUCCAUAGACAGAUGGGCAGACAGAAAGAUUCAAUAGGAUGUUGGAGGAGUACUUGUGCCACUUUGUCAAUGCCAAUCAGAAGAACUGGCCGCAACUACUCGAUGUAGCUCAAUUUCGCUUCAACUCUCAAAAGAGUUCUUCAUCGAAUAAGAGCCUCUUGAAGUUGUUAAUGGAUAACAACCACUGUUGCCCCACACAAUGGACGAAUAUCGCGGUCGGAACCCACGAGCCUUUCACUUCACCAAAGACUAGAAGAAAACGACAGAGAUUGCCCGAGCUUAUUUAGAAGCAUAAAAAAGAAUGAAGAAGUGGGCAGAUCAAAAGUGCAGACCAUUGGAGUUUAAAGCUGGCGACUUAGUGUUAAUCAAGCUGAGGCCCGAAUAGUUAAGAUUCUGAGGGGACAAAGACAUCAGACUCGUUCGCAAGUACGAGGGUCCGGUCUCAAUCAUCUCAAAAGUUGGCCUAACUUCCUACAAAGUCGACUUACCAGCAUGGAUGAAGAUACACCUGGUCCUUCACGUCAGCAACUUGAAGCUGUAUCAUGAAGAUCCAGCAAAUCCAGAGCGCAACCAGUCAACCAGAGGAGAAGUCAUCAUUUAGCCAAGGAGCAAGCGUCAACCUAAAGAAAUCCUGGCGGAGAGGAUGGUCACCACUGAUCGUAAAAAGCAUAAGGAAUAUCUGGUAAAAUGGAAGGGGCUCGCAGAUGACGAGAUAAACUGGGAGAGGGCGGAAGACUUGAAGAAGCUCACGUAGAAGAUUGAAGAUCUACAAGCUACUUCGUCGAGGACGCCAAAGAAUUGAGUGGGGGAGAGUGUGGCGUGCUGCCCCUUUGGUACACCUACAUGGGGCCAUUUUGUAAAUGAGCAUGCCUUGGUGCUUGAUCAUUAGUCAAGUCUUGCACCAAGCAACCUCAUGGGGUAGGGUAGUGGCAAUUUUGUAAUUAUGCAUAUGUCUCCCAGACAAAAAUCAUAUAUGUUACUAGGAUGACCUUGUAUCCUUAGAAGGCUCCUUAGGGGGAGGUGACCUGGUGACUUAGGGAAGCACCAUGGCCACCAGCAGAUAGGGGCCAAAGCUGUGUACGCCCUUGCCCUAUCAAGGCUAUAUAUUAAUAAAAUGAUGCUUAUCCAUACUUGUCCUUGUAUGCUUCCUUAUUGCCUAUGUGUUACUUGUUUGUCGUCUUCGUUGGGCCAUCGCGUGCCACUUGCCUUGUUGUGUGCUUUGUGUUGUGUGGACGUUCCAAGGAGUGACUUGCUUUAUGCUUGCUCAUACUUCGUUAUUGCCCAUUGCAUGUCCAAGAUGUGUUUGUGGCUAACCACUGAGUUUGUUUGUCCGCAGGUAUGCGUUGUAGGUUGACUUGCUAGUUUGGAGUGUCCGCAAGUGCUGCAUGUUUCGUCUACUUGGAGUACCCAAAUAGCCGGCCUGUGACACUAUGCAUGAAGACUUUUUGGCUCUUCAAAAAAAUGGUACUUGGACUCUUACAAACUUGCCAAAGGAUAGACGAGCUAUUGGUUGUAGAUGGGUUUUCAAGUCAAAAGAAAAUCCAGAUGGAAGUGCAUUGAAGCACAAAGCUCGUUUGGUGGCAAAGGGGUUUCAUCAGACUUUUUGUUUUGACUUCUAUGAAAUCUUUAGUCCUAUGGUGAAGCCAACUACAAUCAGAAUAGUUCUUACAACAACUCUUGCAAGACAGUGGCCAGUUUUUCAACCGGAUGUUUAAUAAUGCAUUCCUUAAUGGAAUUCUUCAAGAGGGGGUGUAUAUGGCACAACCACCCGGCUUUGAAGAUCCCAAAGCUCCAAAUAAAGUGUGCAAAUUACAUAAGGCUCUCUAUGGCCUUCGAGAAGCACCUAGAGUGUGGUUUGAUAGACUAAAAGAGGCUAUUCUUGGUUUCAGUUUUCAUGAUGCAAGGUCAGAUCAAUCCCUUUUCAUCAAGAUUACACCAUAUCACACAACCUUUAUCUUGGUAUAUGUGGAUGAUAUUUUGAUUUCUGGAAGUUCACAGCUUGAGGUUCGAGCCUUGAUUACCAAAUUGAAUUCCUCUUUUGCUCUCAAGGAUCUAAGAAAGCUACAUUUCUUUCUUGGUAUUGAAGUAGUAAAUACACCAGAUGGGUUGUUGUUGUCUCAGAGAAAGUAUAUAUUGAAUCUGUUAUGUAGGGCUAAGAUGCAAUAUGAUAAUGGUCUCACUACUCCUAUGACUGGAGGAGAAAAGCAUUCUAGUCAUGACAGUGAUCCAAUCUCAGAUCCUCAAGUCUAUAGAAGUUUGGUGGGAGCUCUUCAAUAUGCCACUAUCACAAGGCCUGAGAUAUCUUAUGUUGUUAAUAGGGUAUGUCAGUAUAUGCAUAACCCUUUGGAGGCACAUUAGCGUGUUGUUAAAAGGAUUCUUAGGUAUCUCAAAGGGACAUUAGAUUAUGGACUUCAUCUAAGGGCUUGUAUAGUGUUGUCUCUUGUGGGGUUUUGUGAUGCAGAUUGGGCUACAGAUCCAGAUGACAGAAGGUCCACCUCUUGGUAUUGUGCAUAUUUGGACUCAAAUCUUAUAUCUUGGUCAUCCAAGAAGCAGCCAACUGUUUCAAGGUCUAGUAUUGAGGCAGAAUAUAGAAGCUUGGCUACUCUUACUGUUGAAAUCACUUGGAUACAAUCUCUUCUUCAUGAGGUUGGUGUGACAUUGUCUAAAGAUCCAGUUUUGUGGUGUGAUAAUUUGAGCAUUAUUAUGAUGUCUGAGAAUCCAGUUCAACAUGCAAGAACAAAGCAUAUUGAAUUGGACUUAUACUUUGUGAGAGAAAAGGUGGCAGAGAAGCAAAUUGUUGUCAAGCAUGUUCCUGCUCAAGACCAAACAGCUGAUGUCUUCACCAAGGCUUUAUCAAGCACUUGGUUUCUCAUGUUAGGGAACAAACUCAAAGUUGAAAUUUUUUCCCCUGUAAGUUUGAGGGGAGAUGUUGAGAAUUAGUUACAUCAGUAGCUAGUGCUCUGUUAUGAAGUUACUUGAGUUUGUUAGAAUCUGUUUGUUUUGUUUUACAUCAGACCUGUAUAUAAAUUCUCUCUGUACUAUUCAGUUUAGUCUUAAUGAGAAUCAGUAGAUUUUCA